CUCUUUUGUCUUCCGUCUGUCAGGUGUGAGGUGUCACCGCCCACCCUUUCUCCUAUUUCUACCAACUUCUCUGCUCUCCUCUCCCCUACCUAAGCUAAGUGGGGGGCUAUGCUCAAGGCUUCUUCCAGCAGCCAGUAGCAUUAGUUGCCGAUUUUGGAAGCGUGUUUCUUCUUUGUCUCUGCUUUCUUUGGCGAAUUUCGCUAAAUUUGAAGGACCCAUUCUGUUACUGCGUCGGCUGAGGGUUUGGUGAACACAUGGGAGAGGAAGAAGUAAAAAAAGUUGAGGCCGAGGCAGCCUCUGAGCCUGCACCACCACCGCCUCCUCCUGAAACUGUCGUAGCUCCAAAAGACGUUGCAGAAGAGAAAGCUGUAAUCCCACCUCCUCCCGAAGGCAAGGUCGAUGAACCCAAAGAGGCUCCAGAACCUACAGAGGAGAAAUCAGAUAAUAGAGAUGCUGUCCUUGCACGAGUUGAAACCGAGAAGAGGUUGUCCCUAAUCAGAGCAUGGGAAGAUAGUGAAAAAACAAAAGCUGAGAACAAGGCAGAGAAAAAAUUGUCAACAAUUGGGUCAUGGGAGAACAGCAAGAAAGCAUCUGUAGAAGCUAAACUGAAAAAGAAGGAGGAAGAAUAUGAGAAGAGGAAGGCAGAAUAUGCAGAGAAAAUGAAAAACAUGAUAGCUCAAAUCCACAAAGAAGCAGAAGAAAAGAAAGCCAUGGUUGAAGCCAAACGUGGGGAAGAUCUACUCAAGGCAGAAGAGUUGGCUGCAAAGUACCGUGCAAAAGGGACUGCCCCAAAGAAGCUGUUUGGGUGCUUUUGAUGUUGAAAUUCUCAAGCUUGACAAAUAGAAGUGGGAAAAUGUUUGAUUUUUUCAUUUGUAUAUUUCCUUUUUAUGUUUGUUUGCUGUUUAUUGCUUGUGUUUGGUGGAGAUAAAGCAAAUGUUCAUUUAGUGUGAAUGCUUGAUGUGUUUGUGUGUAUAUAAACAAAUUAAAAAACUUGCAUUAAUUAAUUGUGAAAAAACAAUGUUUGAAAAUAUUCUUCA